AUUUUCCUCGAGAACCCAACGCGCUUCAAGCGGAUCUCACAUAAUCCUCACAGAUCAAACAAUUUUCUCUUUCGGAAAAAAAAAUGUGAUUUAUCUGUUCGAUUUCCUUUUUGUUUUUCUCUAAGAAGAAGACGAAAUCGGUGAAUAGAUUUUGAAAUCGAAGACCCGGAAAAGAUGGCGAACAUCGCGGGGCAGCUAAAACGUGGAAUCUCGAGGCAAUUCUCCACUGGAUCGCUUCGCCGUACUCUUAGCCGUCAAUUCACGCGCCAGGCAUCGCACGAUCCUCGCCGGAACAAUAUGCGAUUCAGCUUCGGUCGGCAAUCGUCUCUCGAUCCGAUUCGCCGGAGUCCAGAAGGUUCUAGCCGUCCGCAGCUCGCCGUCCCCGAUAACCUCGACGCCACUAUGCAGCUCCUCUUCGUGGCCUGUAGAGGAGACGUUGAAGGUGUCCAGGAUCUGCUCGACGAAGGAAUCGACGUCAAUAGCAUCGAUCUCGAUGGUCGAACCGCACUACACAUCGCCGCUUGUGAAGGCCACGUCGACGUUGUCAAGCUUCUCCUUACUAGGAAGGCCAACAUCGAUGCUCGUGAUCGUUGGGGAAGCACGGCAGCUGCUGAUGCUAAGUACUAUGGUAACAUAGACGUUUACAACAUUUUGAAAGCUCGUGGAGCCAAAGUUCCGAGAACCAGUAGGACACCGAUGGUUGUGGCGAAUCCUCGUGAAGUUCCUGAAUACGAGUUAAAUCCACAAGAACUUCAAGUUCGGAAAGCUGAUGGUAUCUCAAAGGGAAUAUAUCAAGUGGCUAAAUGGAAUGGGACUAAAGUUUUUGUAAAGAUUCUUGAUAAGGAUCUCUACAAGGAUCAUGAAACCAUCCAGGCUUUCAAACACGAACUUACUUUAUUCGAGAAGGUUCGUCAUCCUAAUGUUGUGCAAUUUGUUGGAGCUGUUACUCAAAAUGUCCCCAUGAUGAUUGUGUCUGAGUAUCAUCCUAAGGGUGACCUGGGGAGCUAUCUUCAAAAGAAAGGACGCCUUUCUUUAUCCAAAGUUCUAAGAUUUGCCCUCGAUAUAGCCAGGGGAAUGAACUAUCUUCACGAGUGUAAACCAGAACCAGUUAUCCACUGUGAUCUAAAACCCAAAAAUAUUAUGCUCGAUAAUGGAGGACAUUUGAAAGUGGCGGGAUUUGGGUUGAUUAGUUUUGCAAAGUUAUCAUCUGAUAAAUCAAGAAUCCUUAAUCACGCGGCACAUAUAGACCCUUCAAAUUACUGUGUGGCACCUGAGGUUUACAGAGAUGACAUAUUUGACAGGAGUGUGGAUUCAUACUCUUUUGGUGUCGUACUAUAUGAGAUGAUUGAAGGAGUACAACCAUUCCAUCCCAAGCCCCCAGAAGAGGCGGUGAAGCUAAUGUGUUUGGAAGGAAGAAGACCUUCGUUUAAGGCCAAGUCCAAAAGUUGUCCGCAAGAGUUGAGAGAAUUGAUUGAGGAGUGCUGGGAUACGGAAACUUUUGUUAGGCCGACAUUUUCUGAGAUCAUAGUUCGAUUGGACAAGAUCUUUGUACACUGCUCAAAACAGGGAUGGUGGAAAGAUACAUUCAAGUUACCUUGGAAAUAGUACAAAAUACCGGGAGAGGUUUGACUCAGAAACACGAGGAACUCAGCAAUACAAGAGCUUUCUUCUCAUGUUUACAAUAAAAUCGGUACAAAGAAUACAAAAAGAAACGGCACUCUUCCAUUUGCCACUUUCUUAUCGUGUAACAAUGUAUAAUGUGUACUAAAGUACUUCAUCGAGCUAUAUAGACUUCUCUAAUGAACAGAACUGAGCAUUUUGAGCUACAAUGUAUCAUAUUCAUGUAAGUAGCAAGAAAGCUCUUUGUUUUUGUUAUGUCUCAAAGUCAAAGGUCUCUUCUUUU